CUCACAUAGUUUCGGUUCUCUAGCACGUUCGUGAAACUUCGGAUUUCUCUCAAAAAUUGAAAUUAUAAAAAUCGAAGGGUUGUGUUUGGUUAGUCACAACAUGCUUGAUCUUCUGAUUUAGCGGCUGAAGUGGCGUUAAUACCAAAACGCAAAACUUCGGAAAUCUUCGCAAAUUCUUGCAGGGAACCGAAACUACGUGAGUUGUAGGCUUCCCAGAAACGUGGCUAUACAUGUAUAACUUAUUUUUACAUGUGUAGGGUGCAUUUGUUUUUAUAGUUUAAAAAACCGUACUACUGAACAUGUCUUCUAGGAAACAACUUUAAAUAUUAAAAGCAGUAGAUAAAGAAAAUAAAAAGACUGAUGUGGCUAAAAAGUUAGGUAUCUCCGAAUCAACAUUAUCCACAAUUCUCACCCAGCGAUCCAGUUUGGAAGACAAUAAAAUCACUGUAUCAGCCUCGAGUGGUGGGAGGGAGUCCGCACCGUAGGCACGUGUUUGCUGAGCCAUGCCUGGCCUAGCUGCUGGCACCAGCGUCCAACUGUUUCUCAUCAGCGCUCUACCUCUACCUUGACUCUUGUGGAGAUUGGCCGGCCUGCUGUUUGCUCGAGCCAAGUGUGAAGUGGUGCUGUGUUUGCUGCUGCUAUCUGCGUGCUCCCAGGAGAGCCCUGGCCCGCCUUAUCAGGCUCGGCCCUCGACACAGGCAGAUAGCGAGACUCUCACUGACAAGGCAUUACGCAGCAAACACUGCGCUUGGUGUGUGUGUGUGAGUGUGUGUGACGUGAGUAUUUUCAGCCAAACCAGCGAUGUGACUGGCCCAUUGUUCUAAAUAAAUAUUUUUAGCGUGCUUUUGGACUCUGGCAUGUAUUAUACAUAGAUGUAUAUGUUUUAAAAAAACUUUUAAAUAGUAAAAAUAUCAUAUUUAUUUUAUGUUAUGCAGCCUGAAAUAUUUAUUGAUUUGGGUUUUUAUAGUUUUCUACUAUAUUUGAGAGGGUUUGAGACACUAUAUUUUUAAGUAAUUUUUCUUCCAUACCCAUAAGUCAUGAUCAUGACAUAGACUAUUAAACAGUCGCAAUAACGAACGUGGUAUUUUCGUUUCUGCUCGCAUAUUUCCCAGAAUAAUAAGUAUUAAAAUUUUUUGCAUUUAAUAUGUCUUGAUUGGUAGGCAGGAGGGACGUGGGAAAGAAUAGGAAAAUAAUUGUCGUAGAUGCUAAUGCAGACAUUUGAUGUCAACUUUUGCACAUAAAACAUUAAUCCUUGAUGUACCUUCUUUGAAUGGUUAUUGCAAUGGGGAAGACUGAUUUAAAAUAUUUCAAUAGACAUACAACAUUGUUUGUUCGCUCUGUAUUUCACAGAGAAACCUCAAGAAUAGCAACAAAGAUGAAUACAUAAACACACUGGACACAAGCCAAAAUCAGCUGAUUACAAUGUAUAGAGAACUCUUACAGCACAGACAAACACUGUAGGAUGAGCUUAAGACUGGUAAAACAUGAACUGUAAAUACAGACAACCUUGGAUAACACAGCAGCAAACAGACGAAUCCAACAAUAAAGCUAAACAGAUAACCUAGACUUCAAGAUGACAACACAGGAACAUCUGCACACAAUGUCAACAUGUGUUGUCAUUGUGUUCUCUAGAUAAUCUGUUUAGUGUAAUCAUUGGGUUCAUCUGUCUAUUACUGUGUUUGUUCAAGGUUGGUUUUUUUUUAAAUGUAUUUUUUGCAAGUGACUCCAUGGGUUCAUACAUUUCCUUAAUAUCCUUAAAAAGUCUUUAAUUUGUCUUUAAUUGAAUAAGGGCCUUUAAAAAUUUUGAAAUUAAUGUGCAGUACAAUUUCAGGCCAAGUGAUUAGAUUUUAUGUAUACAAAUUUUUUUUUCUAUUUGUUUUUCAUAUUGAGCAUCUUAUAUUUACACUAAAAAGGUGUGUUUUACUGUCUUACUUUGAACUUAUAAAGCAAAUUUAAUUAAUGAUCAAAUUAAAUGAUAGGGUUGUCAAUUUCAAAUAGACACUAUGCUUGAGUUACAUAGUAUGGGCUUAUUUGUAAAAAUUGAACCAACCAACAAAAUUAAUUUUUUUGUGCAUUAACUGUUUAACAUUAUUUUUGUGAGGUAUUUUUUGAUAUCACAAGUGGUUUGUGCCUGUGUAUAGUGGUAAAGGGUUCCUUAAAAACUCCUUAAUGUGUGAUUGCACAAGAGGGUAAAAACCAUGGUCUCAUUGCUGUCAUCCCACAGUGUUUGUCUGAGUAAUAUUUUUUGACAUCCACGUAAUUCUCUAUGCCGUCGAGGUAUUUAACACUUGACAUCAGGUGAUUCUGGCGUUUCGCUGUGUGUGUUUAUGUGUUUAUCUUGCUGUCCAUUCUUGAGGUUUCUCUGUGACGUACAGAGUGAACCAGCACAGGCGUAUGUCCAUAAAGAAGUUUUAAAUCAUGAAUCAUUAAACUGAAGAGUGUAAAAAUGAUUAAAAGGAGUUGAAGUUUCAAAGUUCCACUGAAUAAGUUGAUUUUAAAUUUUCGUUCAAUACCAUAUUUAUCGGCCAAAGGGCCGCCCCCGCAUAUGGUUCGCAUCUGUAAUUUUGGCUUUAAAAAUCUAACAUCCCACUGUAAAAGCCCACCCCACACAAUGCCCAAUUUCUGUUAUACCUUUUUUUAUACAGGUGGGUAUAAAAGUGAGCAUAAAAGUUGGUUUACCAGAAGAGAAUAAAUAAUUCAUUUCUCCACACACGCAAUACAUAGAAUGCUGACAGACAGAAAACCAACCAACACAGUUCCUAAACAAAGCAACCUUUCGUGUUAGGAUCAAAAUGCUGCUGACCAUUUAACAAAAUACUGAAAAUAUAUUAAAAUUACAGCUGUUUAUUUUUAAUAUUAAUUAAUCUGGUGAAUGAUAUUUGAUAUUUUAUCUUCUACAUUUUACUUCCAAAAAAAUAACAAAUUUGGUUUAGUAUUUAAAAACAAAUUUAGAGCACUUUUGAAAUAAACGAGAUUGAAUUAUCCUUGGUAGGUUAGUUUCAAAUUCUAUUAAUAUAAAAUUAAAAGGAUGCAAGGGAAAUUGGGUUUGCUUUAAUGUGGUUUAUUUAUGAUUUUAUUUAAUUACCAUUUGUAACAUACAUAUCAACACCUUUAAAAGGUUAUGAGGAUAUGCAUGACCUACAUUUACAAAAAAACAGCACAUACAAAAUAAAGCAAAACAUUAAGAAAAACAGACAACAACACAAAUCAUCAAAAAUAAAAAAGAUAAACCACAUAAUACAGGAAACAACUUAUACAGGGAAGAACUUAUACAGGAUACAACUUAUAAGAUAAUAUGAAAUUCAUGAUUAUCUAAGUACGGUCAACUGGGGUGACUUUGUCUACCUUGGGUUGACUUUGUCCCACUACUUGGAAAAACAUUUACUUGAUGCUAUGUCCUUUACCAGUACGAAGAAACAAGAUGGCAAUCAUGGAUACCACUAGGUAGAGUUGGUAGUAUGAAUAAAAAAAUAAUGGGCGAUUGCAAUGUUUAUUUAUCUAUGGAUACUACUGCAGUUAUGUUAUUGUUUAUAUUUGGGGUCUUAAUAUCAUUGGAAAACUUUAUAUUGCAGCAGAUGGUUAUAAUUUAUUGAGAAAACUUGGAGCAGGAAACAAGCCACGAACAAGAUGCUGGCAGCGUGGCUGUUGCUGGUUAUCGCUGUGGGCUCGCUCUCCGGUGGGUGUGCCAGCCCCGGAUGCCUGGCUCGGGACUACGGGCACGGCAGCGUGGUGUGCGUGUGUAAUGCCGAGCACUGCGACGUGCCUGAGCCGCUGCCCCUGGGCCAGCUGGCUGCUGGGGCCGCCGCGCACUACGUCUCCUCCAAGGCCGGCGAGAGACUGGCGCUCGGCAUGGCGCGCUUCGCCCCGCUCCCCACGCUCGCGACCCAGGAGAAGGUGGCCACUUUGCGAGUGAACUACGACACUCGGUUCCAGGAGGUACUGGGGUUUGGAGGCGCAGUAACGGACUCCAGUGCAAUCCUCACACAUUCACUCAGUUCUGCUACUGCUGACUCACUCGUCAGGAGCUACUUUGGGGACGAGGGGAUAGGCUACACGUUCCUCCGCGUGCCCCUGGGAGGUUGCGACUUCUCCACCCACAAGUACCAGUACCUGGACGACCACCCCGGCGACGUCCACCUCAAACACUUCAACCUGUCUGCGGAGGACUUCGAGCACAAGAUCCCGUUCAUCAAGCGCGCCGUGCAAGUCAGCCCCGCCCCGGUGAAGCUGCUGGCCGCCUCGUGGUCCGCACCCGAGUGGAUGAAGUUUGUGGUCGACCCCACAACGAACGCCAGCAGCCUCAAGAAGGAAUACUACGAUGCCUACGCCGCGUACCACGUCAAGUUCCUGGAAAAGUACGCGGCGGAAGGCCUGGACUUCUGGGGCAUCACCCCCCAGAACGAGCCCACGGGCGGGCUGCGGUCCAGCCGCUGGAACAUGAUGGGCUGGCAGCCCGCGGAGAUGCGGCAGUUCCUCGCCCACAGCUUCUGCCCUGCCUUGCGGGCCGCGGGCUUCGACCACCUCAAGGUCAUGCUGGGGGACGACAACACGAACCGACUGUCUGCGUGGCAGAAGCUGUACAAGGACACGGUGCUGGACAAGUGCGUGUCCGGGAUGGCGGUCCACUGGUACACGGACGACGAGACGUCUCACAGCGUUCUGGAGCAAGUCCACCAGCAACACCCGGACAAGUUCCUGCUGUACACGGAGGCCUGCAUCGAAGAUGCUGUGGCAUUGGGUUCCUGGGAGAGAGGAGCUCGCUACAUCUCCAACAUCAUCCAGGUGCUGAGACACUGGGGGGUCGGCUGGGUGGACUGGAACCUGGUCCUGGACGAGCGAGGUGGCCCCAACUGGGCCGGCAACUUCGUGGACGCCCCUGUCGUCGCCAACGCCUCCGCUGACGAGUUCUACAAGCAGCCCAUGUUCUACGCGCUGGCCCACGUCUCGCGCUUCGUGCCGCCGGGCUCCGUGCGCGUGGGGCUGGAGGGGCCGCUGGAGGGGGCAGCCUUCCUCACCCCCGACCGCUCCACCGUCAUCGUGCUGCUCGGCAGGGCUGACGGCGAUACUGAGGCAGUGAUCAGCGAUGCUGAGCGAGGCAGCCUCUCCCUGCGAGUACCAGCCAACAGCAUGCACACAGUCGUCUACAAGCAGCAUGUGGACGUGCGAUCAGAACUGUAGCCCACGACGGCUGUACAUAUGCAGUUUGCACCAUCAAGUCUACCAAGCUGCGUGCAAGCUGCAACUUUACGAUUUAUGUCUGUUGUGUUACAGCCCUGAAAAUUUGCAUCUUCAAUAAAUUUUACAAAUUAUUAUUAUCAUCAAUUUCAAUACAUGCUAGUUUAUGAGUGCUACAUAGAAGGUUAUGUUUUAUUCUAUAAAUAUGUAUGAACUGAAAGUGAAACUGAUUGAUCUCAUAUACACCAGUAUUUCGUUACGUAUUAAACUUACAAUUGAAAUAACUGUAAAUCUUUAGAGAAACUAAAGUUUGUUAUAUUUUGUGCAAUAUUUUAUUUGGUUGUAAAUAAAGAAAAUUAUAAAUAG